ACGUGCAGCCUCCGAACACGCGCUGACUCAUCAAACAACACGCGACGCGGUAAAUACCUGUGGCACACUACGCAAGUCUACAUUUUUUAGAACAGCUAUAAGAAUUAUUAUAAGCGGCGCUGACGCAUGGGGAAAUAUCUGUCUCAAUAAUCAGCUGAUAUUGACAGAGCGCGAAAACACGUGAGAUCCGCUUAGUAUGAUCAACUUUACUUACAAAAAUUAAAUUCGUGACUGAUUAUAAAAUGACGAAAGUUAAACUAAAACAAGAGAUAUUCGUAUUACGAUAAUAGACUUUUAAAAGUGAUAAAAUCCAUUGUAAAUUUAUAGACUAGUAGGAAAAUGUUACUAUGAUCUCUCGAAAAGUGAUUCAAAAGUUUGUUGUUUAAGUGUAGAACAAUAUACAGGAAAAAUUGUUGGAUCAGAGCCAAACGUGAGGCUGGUUUUUGUAUUGAAAACAAUAAAUUAGUCAUCGGAUAAAGGACAUAGAAAGUAAUCCUAUAUAAAAGUGAAAAUACAAUUCAUUAUUUAAAGACAAAAAUUACUGAAGAUAAAAAACAGGCGAAACAUCAGACCAUUUAUUGUUCCGUUUGAUGGUAGUAUCGUAUAAUACCGUCCUGGUAAUAAAAGAGGCCACCACAGAGUACCACAUAAAAUACCUUCCUACCUAGAUCUGACAUCAGACAAUACUUCUGGAAAGUAUAAGUGUCUGAAGGCAAUAGAUUACCACUAGCCAAAUUGUGGAGGGCAAAUGCGGGUGUAAGAUGCACCUACCAUACGAGUCGCGGGGUCGGCGCCGGCGCGAAAUGGCUGAAAGUGAGCCCUGGUGGCUGCAGUCCAUCAUUGAUGAGACCCUUGGAGAGCACCCUGAUCUUGUACGUACCGGCAGUCCGGACUACAUGUGUUCCAUGUUACCCCAGCAUUGGCGCUCCAACAAGACCUUGCCUGGAGGCUUCAAGGUCGUCGCUCUUGGGGAUAUCUUGGAUGGCACCCAAGUCACAGUCAGAGCUGGCAACGAUGAAAACUGUUCUGCAGAGUUGAGAAAUAACACGGCGGUCAUGAAGAAUAGAGUUGCAAAGUUCAAUGACCUAAGGUUCGUCGGGAGGAGUGGAAGAGGGAAAAGCUUCUCCUUAACAAUUAUGGUGUCAACAUCGCCACCACAAGUAGCAACAUACCAAAAAGCCAUCAAAGUUACAGUGGAUGGACCUCGGGAACCCCGCUCUAAAACUAGUACAAAUGCAUCACCUCACCAAAUAAGAGCGAUAGGGUUCCAACGGCCGUUCAUAGCAAGCACAUCAAUGUCACUACGAGAUAUAGAUUACAAGACAUCACCACGGCUGCGGUCCCUGUCGCAUGAGGAAAGAGAAUAUAAGACUAACGCCAAUUUACCACCUGAAGAAAACGCUGGCAACAUUCUAGGCGCAAGUGAGUGGAAUACUGGCUACUCCUCCACAGCGUCAGUGUAUCCAAGUUAUGCACCCCUGCAACCUCCUUAUUAUAAACCAGACGCUGCCAUUCACAUACCUACUGUUUUACCAGAAAUUCCUUUGAGUCACACUGACUACACUGGUUUUCAAGGCGGUAAUAGUUAUGUCAAAGGCAGUCCGAGCGGCACCGGGGGCAGUCUCACAGAUCUCAACAACAUGUCAACUCAACGCUACGACCCAAACUAUUACAACUCGUGGCCAAGCAACAGUUACAACUAUCAAUACAAUAACAUAAACAACAACCCGGCAUGCAUACAAUCCCAUACACCUUACAUCAACCCCAACUCUCAAAUGAUCCUUCCCAACCUUUAUUCCACAGUUAAUCAAAACCAAAUUCACGUACAUUUACAUAGCUCUACUGAUAAAUACAAUCUAGAACAAUACAUACCGAGUGAAAUAAAAAUAAGUGAUAUAGACGGUGGUAUUUCCAUUACAACUGAACUCCCUGGUAGUGGGGAAGCCAGUGGCCUUGUGCAAACUUGCGAGAACGAUGACGUCAAACAUCAGCUUUAUGGCACUAAUCAAGAAGUGUGGCGACCAUAUUGACAGUACGCUUAUUAUGAUGAGAACAAUCAACAAUCUAUUGUACAUAUUGUGAUAUAAGUGUAUAUAUAUAUAGACUAAAUCAAUUAAUGUUAAACAUUAAUUAGAUUGUAUGUGUUAUGUAUUCUAAUUGUAUUAAAUUAACAUAUCACGUUU